AGGUGGAGAGACUACUGUGCUAAAUUGAUUCCUCAUCUAUCAUCCAUACAUCACCACUUAUGUGUGCUCACUUAACCUAUCUAGAAUUCUCUCCAUCAGUUUCAUCUAUUCAACCCCCUUCACAUUAUUUAUACUUGUAUUUUGUCUGCACAAACAUACAGCCUCAGUUUCUCAUUUAUCUAACUCUACUCUUUUUUCCUGCUUCUCAGUUCUGCUCCCAUGGAAACCACACCUCAUAUUGCUAUUUUCCCCACUCCUGGAAUGGGUCAUCUCAUUCCUCUAGUUCAAUUUGCCAAAAGGUUCACUAGUCUUCACAAAUUUACGGCAACUUUUAUCAUUCCUAUUGGAGAACCUCUUUCCGAAGCUCAAAAGAUAUUUCUUGACACACUUCCUAGUGGUUUGGACUAUGUUGUUCUUCCUCAACUUAAAUUGGAUGAUUUGUCAGAGGAUGUUAAGGCCGAAACACGUAUGUCGAUCAUGAUAUCAAGAUCUCUGCCUUCGCUUCGUGAUGUGCUUAAGUCGAUGAUGGCUACCAAGAAGUUGGUUACUUUGGUGGUUGAUCUUUUCGCGACUGAUGCACUUGAUAUAGCUCUUGAAUUUAAGUUACAACCUUACAUUUUUUACCCCACAAAUGCUAUGGCUUUGUCAUUGUUUCUUUACUUGCCUAAGCUUGAUGCUGAAACGUCUUGCGAGUACAGGGACUUGCCUGCCCCAGUCCAGAUUCCUGGUUGUAUACCCAUCGAUGGAGAGGAUCUACUUGACCCUGUUCAGGACAGGAAGAAUGAUGCAUAUAAGUGGGUGCUUCAUCAUACAAAAAAUUACAGAUUGGCUCAUGGUAUAAUGGUGAAUAGCUUUGAGGACUUGGAGGAAGGAGCUAUUAAAGCUUUACAAGAGUUGGGCAGCCCACCAAUUUACCCUGUAGGACCUCUUGUACAAAUGGAUCAUUCAAGCAGUGCUGCUGAUAGGUUGGAUUGUAUGAGGUGGUUGGAGGAUCAGCCCCGCGGCUCGGUCUUGUUCAUUUCUUUCGGGAGUGGAGGGACUCUGUCAUCCAAGCAGAUCACUGAGCUGGCCUUGGGCUUGGAAAUGAGUGAGCAGAGGUUCUUAUGGAUUGUCAGAACUCCGAAUGAUGAGAGUGCUAAUGCAACUUUCUUCGGCAUCCGCAGCAAAAACAACCCUAUUGAUUUUUUGCCAGAAGGAUUCGUUCAGAGGACAAAAGGCCAAGGUUUUGUGGUGCCUAAUUGGGCCCCUCAAGCCCAAAUUCUGAGCCAUGGCUCGACAGGUGGCUUCAUGACUCAUUGCGGCUGGAACUCGAUUCUGGAGAGCGUAGUGAGUGGCGUUCCCCUGAUCGCGUGGCCGCUCUAUGCAGAACAGAAGAUGAAUGCUGUAAUGCUCACUCAAGGCCUUAAAGUUGCAUUGAGGCCUCAAGUUGGCGAAAAUGGCCUGGUGGAGCGUGUGGAAAUUGCAACGGUUGUUAAGCACCUAAUGGAAGGCGAGGAAGGAAAGCGUCUCCGAACCCGAAUGAGAGACCUGAAAGAGGCAGCUUCCAGGGCUCUUAGUGAUGAAGGAUCAUCAACAAAAGCAAUAGCUCAGAUAGCUAGCAAAUGGACUAGUUAAGGCUCCUUUUCUCUGUUUCUGUCAUUAUAUUUUAGUUUCCUUGUUUGUUUUCCUUUUGUUAUACAUGAAACAUUUGUAAGUGCUUAUAUUUAUGUAAUUUGGUUACAGAGUGCACAGCAACUGCAUGAUUUUCA